UCGUGGCGCUACUUGGCCUUCCAGUGUUCCGCUGCGUCGGGAUCAGAAGACGCAAAUCAAGUGAAAGAAAUCUUCUGACAGAAGAAAAGUUCAUGCUGCUCUUCUGAAAUACCUUAGAGGGCCACAUGAAGUCCAAACUGAACAUGGAAAAUAUGACCAAGCCGGAGUUGCUGAUGCUUUUCAGCAUCCUAGAAGGAGAGCUGGAGGCCAGGGACCUCGUCAUCGAAGCUCUAAAGGGUCAGCAUAAGGAGCUGUUUAUCCAGGAGCGCUACGGACGGUACAACCUCAGCGACCCCUUCCAGGCCUUGCAGAGGGACGGCGAGGUUGCCGGGGUCCAGAACAAGGACCCGGGCCGUUCCUCCCCCACGUCCAACCCUCUGGUGGUUCUCAAACUGGUGGUGAGCCACUGCCGGAGGAUGCAGGAGAAGAUGCUGGCCCAGCUGGCUGCAGCCGAGAGCCGGCACCGGAGGGUUAUUGCUGAUCUUGAAGAAGAAAGGAGGAGGCAUGCCGAGGACACUGCAGAGGGAGACGAUGUCACUUAUAUCCUGGAAAAGGAACGAGAGCGUCUGCAACAACAGCUGGAGUUUGAGCGGAGCCAGGUUCGUCGGCUGGAAAAGGAGCAGCGGCGGAUCACGGAGCAGCUGGAGGAGGAACGGGCCCAGCACAAGCAGCUCUCCUGCGCUUUGGCCAAGGAGUGCAAGUGGGCGAGCGCCAGAGCCCUGGAGGAGGGUCACCGUCUCACUGAGCUGGGCCGCAAACUUGACAAGGAAAAAGAGGUGUGUCACGGCCUGAGAAAAGAGCUGGAGGAGGAGAGGACGAGAACCCUGAGGAUGGAGGCGAGGGUGGAGGAACAGCUGGCCGAGUUCGACACGGAGCGCGAGCAGCUCCGCUCCCGUUUGAAGAAGGAAGAAGCUCAUUGUUGUCAGCUGCAGCAACAGGUGGAGGAGCUGAAAAGGAAGAUGGAGGAGGUUUACUUGAUGAAAGAAAGGAGAGGACCCAAUACAACUCCAGGGGAAGCAUCGGGGAAUGAAUGGACGACAAAAGUUCUCCCAGCAGCAGAUCCCGUAAAGGUUGAGGACGUUGAGGAAGACAGAGUCAACGGCCACCUUUGUCCCCCGGAGACCAAUGGACUUCACGGUUCCAACAAUCUAAUCCCAGACAAGAUGUCGCUCCAGAACGGAGACGAGAACCCUCCGGUUCAUCAGGCGCAGACGUCGCUCUCCUCCCCUCCGUUUUCUUGUCCUUCCCCCUGCACCUCUCCGGUUCUUUCCAAACGCCCGCCAAACGGCAGCCAAAUCCCCGGAAGCUAUCAGUCUCCGUUCCAGGCCGGGAUCAACCAGCGUUUCCACGCAGCUCGCCACAAGUUCCAGGGCACGAUCGACCCCGAGCCCCCGUCCCAGUCGUCUGCCGCCCCGCCCGAGCUCUCCCCGGUGGCCGGCGGCUCCUCCUCCCCGGAGGCCAGCCCGGUCAAGCAGAUGGCGCGCAGCACGGUCACUCAAGUCCUGUCUCGUUUCACCACCGUCCAGCAGAGCGCCGCGGCGAAGCUCACCACGGCCAAUAAUAACUCCCCGUUCGGCACGGACUACCGCAGCCUGGCGGCUCCCCUGUCUCCCGUCAUCGGGAGGGCGGCGGGGGCGGUUCUCCAGGGGAUCCGAUCCCCCACCAUCCCCAGGGCGGACAGGGGGAACCCUCCACCCAUCCCUCCCAAGAAGCCCGGCCUGGCCCAGGCCCCUCCGUCCCCGGCCCCGGUGCCCAAGUCCACCGGCCACUUCUCCGACGGCCCGCUAUCGGGCAGCUGCGGCCUCACGUCCACCCAGGAGGGCGUCAAAGAACUAGACAUGGUGGUCUCGUCGAAUUAACCCCUCACACGACGACAUCACGAGACGAGAAAGCUGUCAGAUGCUGUACCAUAGUGGCAUAGUUUUAACUGCAAUGCUGUUUUGUAUAUGACAGGAUUUAUGCAAUUAUUUCAACUGAGGUCCCUUAAACACUGUUAUAAUAUGUGUAUUUAUUAGAUUUAUUUUAAACGUGAGGCACUAUUUCAGGUGGUGCUUAAGGGAUUGCUACUUGUGAGUUUGAAAAAUGUGCCAAUAUUGUAUUUUGAGCACAGUGUACUGUCACCGUAUAGUCUUUGUGAUGCUUCAGUUUAGACAUCAUAUUAAAGAUAUACAAACAAACUCAUUAAUCACAGCGAUAUUAUUCAGUUCCGAUACUUUAACUUUGUCUCAAGUAUGUCGAUUGUUACGUAACACAAUUAUUAGGAAAUUAUCUUUUUGAACAAUAUGUGCGACAGAGUCUUAUGUCAGUGUAUUAUUGAGUUUGUAUUUCAAGAAAUGUGCAAAUCUCCAAAGAAUGAUUGAUGGUUGUUUUCUAUAGCAGCUUAUCUGAUCAGUGCUGUACUGUGAUAUAAAAAUGUUUUUUUUUAUUAUUUUAAUGCUGUAUAGCGAUGAUAAUCAUAUAAAUCUAUAUUACAUGCAGUCACCAUUAUACAAGAUGUCUAAGAUUAUUUUUAUGCCUUCACCUCAGUGUGAAACACAUCUUUUUUUUAAAUAGUCUUCUAUUGCUUUGAAUAACAACUUAUCUGUCAUUUUUGAUAGUUCCUGCCUUUGUUGGGUCCUUUGCAAUACUCUGUAGGCUGGAAAGA